AUGGCAAUGGAUUCCCAGCCUUUCAGGGGCCACAUCCCCAAUGGAGUGCCACCAAAUAGGACAUACCAAGAAGUGUAUGCCGAGAACGGCCGGUGGUACGGUACCUUUAAGAAGGGGAAGUACAUGUUUCCCAUCGACGAAUCUUCCUGGUCGCGCGCCGAGAUGCGAGUCAUAGUGCUCCCCUCCACAACCAGGAAACUCCUCGUGUACUGGACCUGGGUUGCGGGACAGGUAUCUGGGGCAUCGACAUGGCCGAUAAUUGGGCCGCGCGUAUACGCCGAGAUUUACAGGCACCUCAAACCAUAUUACGGCUACUUCGAGCAGGUCGAGAUUGACUGGAGCCCCCGUAGUGAUGACGGUUCCUUGCGCCGAGACGGCUACGUUGUGCAGUGGGCGAACGAGCUUAUGGAUGCCAUGGAUAGCUUCGGCCGCCCGAUACGCUUGGACAGCAACCUCACAAAGCAGCGACUAGCAGACGUCGGCUUCGACGAGAUCAAGGAGGAGGUAAUCCAGUUACCUCUUAAUGGUUGGCCUACCGAGGUACACAACAGAGAGCUCGGCCGCUGGUUUAACCUUGGGGUGCGACAAGCCUUUCAACCACUCAGCUUGGCACCCUUGUGUCGAGGCCAUGGUCGGACCCCCGCCCAGGUGGACGAGCUGGCUGAAAAAGCCAGGGGUGAAGUUUACAGCAACAGUGUGCGCGCAUACUGCACAUUCCCGUCCUUUGCUGAGCCUGCGGGUUACGCUCAGGUGACACCGAAAUCAACCAUUCCGGCCCCCUUUCAGCGUGCUUGGGUCGGAAGCAGGGAACCACAGUCAGGGACUUGUUCGGUUCAGCGCGAGAACGGUGCGAACGGCGACAGAUCCACGCUCAGUGCCACCGGAACUUUUCAUGUUAUCCGCCGCAUUAGAGCUGCCCAGACCCCCGCUGCUGUUGGCAAGCGCCAGGAUGCGGGUUGA